AUGACAUCGACUCCAGUGGAAUCGCAAGACUUGGAGCAGCAGCCGCUUCAACCCGCGCAGCAAAACCACUACGGGGCAACUUUGCCCCAACUUCAGAGAAAGGUUCAUAAAAAGCGAUUUCGCAAGGAACUAAAGCUACUAGGUAGUAUUUUGGUUGUUUUCUCGUUAUUGGUCGUAGUGGUACUGUGGGCAUCGCGUUUCAUACCCUCUGAAGAUCUCAUUCAGAAAUAUUACGAAGAUGUGACCAAAUUUGAAAUCCAUAGCAUCAAGUAUGAGGGAUGGCAAUCUGAUGAAGAUUCGGAGGAAGGUGAACACAAGGAACUUUCCGCAACCAAGGUUGGAACCUUCAACAUUCUAAAACUCCGGGCAAAAGUUGGCGUACAUUUCGACCACGAUCGGGCCAUAAACAUAGCAAACGCUUCUGUCAAUGUUCAACGACAGCAAAAGGCCAUUCGAUUUUUUAGCCAGACUGUUGUAAGGACGCUGUGUUUUGAGUUGAACAAUAUGACCGCGUACAAUGAUAACGAAACCUCCACGCAGGGGCUUGGCUCUGUCAGUAUCCCUCAAAGGGUGUGCGUUGAGCUGCAAAGCAACAAAACCACGGAGCUGGAUCUUCCCAUCCUAAUACGGCCGGACUCUCAAAACGUUGCUUCGGUAAUUAUCAAAAUUUGGAAGCAUAGGUUCAAGGAUCUCAAUCUGUGGUCGAGUUUUGACGUUAGCUUAUCUAAAUGGGGACUUGCGCUAGGGAAAAUACAAAUCAGUCAUCUAGACUGGGACGAAAUAUUUAACUGGAAGCAAGUGGAAUCCUACGUUGACAAUAUUCAAGCGGCUUUCAAGGAACCUAUUACUGUCGACGAUAUGGAAAUCAUUGACCACCAGGAAGCGGUGGACUUCCAUGUUGCAAUUUCUUACACCACUCCGGAAGACAUUCAAAAGUUUCUCGGUUUCGAGAAAGACGCAAUGAUUCCAUCGACUUCUUGGAAAGUCAGAAUGCCGGGCUGCAACGAAGAUGAUCCCAUUUUACUCCAGAAUGCCGUAUUCAAAACUCCCACAAUUCUUGUUAAUGAUCUACUGUCUUCCGAAGCAACCUCUUUGAACAUAAGUGGUCGUAUUUGGGGCCCCCUUCCCGAUAAGCUUCUAUACCAAGUGUGCGACUCUGACGAGGAAAAUGUAGUAACGCCCAUCAACCUAUUCUUAAACAAAGUUUUCAAUGCCACUGAGUCAGUUCAAUUCGAAAUAUGCGGGCAUAGUUCGGAGAGCUCCAAUCAGAGCAUUAUACCCAAACAAAUUCUGGACAAGCUUUUGCCUUCAGUUUCAGAAGCGAUAAGUGCGAAUUUGACGCUUAAUUCGGAUGAACUGGUAGAGCAAGUAUCCGUCAAUGGCUUGAAGUUAAAGUGGGUUCAAAAAGGCUGGGGCGACAAAAAGCUCGCGAUUACGGGAGAGGUGAUCUCUAUUGUUAACCUGCCUUUUUAUAAUUCAGCACACUCUGGGGCAAAAGCGACCGUCUCGAUUCAAAAAAUCAAAGGACUCACAAAAUUAUUUCACAACAAUGUUCAUUUCAUCACAGUGCCCAUGGACGUGUGGCUAAGUGCGGACUCUGAGAUCCUCCCGACCCGAGAUCCUAGCCACAAUCAACUCCGAGUAUCUUUCGACAUUGCAGACCAAGAUGUUGUAGUGGUCGACAGUCUCGAACUUUCACGCUGUCUGAACGAAAUACUGGUCAAAGGUCAAACGGGAGUUCACGUUGAGGGAAAUCUAGACUUGAUGAUUGAUACGCGAUUGGGGUCCCUCGUAUUGCUUGGUUUGGAAGGUGAUGGCAAUACAAUAAUAAGAAAGUAG